CUAACCAAGCGGAGUUAUCCACCUACGCAACAAAAAUCAACAAGAUGCGCGUCCUUAUUGCCCUUUGCCUUGUUGCUGCCGUGAGUGCCAGGAGUGGCUACAACUACCAGCCUGCAGCUUCGGCUCCCAUUUCCACAUCCUUUGCUCCUUCGGGUUCCAGUUACGCCGCUCCUGCGGUGGCUGCUAGCCAGGAUGCCCCCGCCGAGUCCUAUGUGCCCGCUGCUGCCCCUGAAGCUGCUCCUUCUGCUCCCGUGGCCACCAGCUAUGUGGCUCCCCAGGCUGAGCUCCAGAAGGAGUUCUUCACCUACACCGCCGACGAAGGAGACUUCAACGAACCAGCUGGCUCCGAGCAGGUUUCCGGCUCCUUGAACCGGGCCCUCCGCGUGAUCUUCAUCAAGGGACCCGAGAACACUGGCCUGGAGAACGCUGCCGUGGCUCUGGCCAAGCAGGCUGGUCAGCAGGAGACCGCCAUCUAUGUCCUGAACAAGCAGGCUGACAUCGGGGAUCUCAGCAACAAGUUGAAUGCCAUCCGCAACAACAACAACAACAAGCCCGAGGUUCACUUUGUGAAGUACAGGACCAACCAGGAUGCAGUGAAUGCCCAGCAGGCCAUCCAGUCGCAGUACGAUCAGCUGGGCGGAUCCUCCACCAUCCAGAAUGGAGGAGUUGCUCCCGUCCUGAACUUCGCCUCCCAGCCGGCUGUCCACCAGGCGGCUGCUCCCUUGGCUCCUGGUAGCUCCUACCUGCCCGCUUCGGUCCUCCGGUUCCGCCAAUAG